GGGAGGGGUGCGCUGAUGUCCUCUCUCUCUUCUGGCUCUUGUGGACUCAGCCAACCCCAACUGGUGUAAUGCAAAGCUGCCACUAACCUGGUAUACUGCUACUGUCAAGAGCACGUUUUUUUCUAUAGGCUUGUGUAUAUGUCCCACUAUUUGACUUGAUUUCCCCUUUGCGCAUCUGGAAGAGGGGCAUCCGCUGCCAAAACACGUAUGGAAAGGUUUUGGGGGGAUUGGAGUAGAAAUGCGCCGCCGCCGCACAUCCAGCCGACAACAAGAAGAACGAUGCAAAGCUUCUAUUGCAAGCAAACCUAUCGCAUCCUGUUUUAUUCCUUACGGCUUUGAUAGGAGAGAUUUUGAUUCGGAUACCGAAGAGGAGGAUUAAAAAAUACCAUCCUCGCUCAAGGACGCUCAUUUUAAUUUGCUGCAGACGCCUCCUUCCACCAACCCCAGUAUUUAGGACCGUUUUUGAUGGAGCUGGAGAACAUUGUAGCCAACACUGUACUGCUGAAAGCCAGAGAGGGUGGAGGAGGAAAAAGGAAGGGUCGGAGUAAAAAAUGGAAGGAGAUUCUUCGCUUCCCUCAUAUAAGCCAGUGUGUGGACCUGGGCAAAUCCAUUGAAAGGGACUAUGCCAGCAUCUGUGAAAGACAACCCAUUGGACGGCUUCUCUUUCGUCUUUUCUGUGAGACCAGACCCAAACUGCAGCGAUGUAUCCAGCUUCUGGAUGCAAUGGAAGACUAUGAGGUGACGCCUGAUGAGAAACGGAAAUACCGAGGGGACCAGAUCAUCAAAACUUUCCUUUCAAAAGAUUCACCUCAACAUGUCGACAUUGUGGAGGGCUUUGUGGACCAGUGCAGGGAAAACCUGCAGAUCAGUCCAUGUAAGGAGAUCUUCAGCAACUGCCGCAAGGCCGUCCACGACUACCUUAGUGGUGCUCCUUUCGCCGACUACCAGAACAGCAUGUACUUUGACCGCUUUCUGCAGUGGAAGAUGCUGGAAAGGCAACCAAUCACAAAGGACACGUUCAGACAAUACAGGGUGCUGGGUAAAGGCGGAUUUGGAGAGGUGUGUGCCUGUCAGGUCAGAGCCACAGGGAAGAUGUAUGCCUGCAAGAAACUGGAGAAAAAGAGGAUCAAAAAGAGGAAAGGGGAGUCCAUGGCACUCAAUGAGAAACAAAUUUUAGAGAAAGUCAACAGUAGAUUUGUUGUAAGUUUAGCGUAUGCGUAUGAGACCAAAGACGCCCUGUGUUUGGUACUGACCAUCAUGAACGGAGGGGACUUGAAGUUUCACAUUUACAACAUGGGGACACCGGGUUUUGAGAAGGACCGGAUCCAGUUUUAUGCUGCUCAGAUCUCCUGCGGACUGGAGCACCUGCACAGGGAGUCAAUAGUCUACAGGGAUUUAAAACCAGAAAACAUUCUUUUAGAUGACAAUGGACACAUUCGUAUUUCGGAUCUGGGGCUGGCCAUCAAAGUGCCUGAAGGAGAGCUAAUUAGAGGGAGAGUGGGGACAGUUGGGUAUAUGGCUCCAGAGGUCAUAAACAAUGAAAAGUAUGCCAUGAGUCCGGACUGGUGGGGUCUGGGCUGCCUAAUUUAUGAAAUGACAGUUGGGCGGUCACCUUUCCGUGCUCGUAAGGAGAGGGUAAAACGUGAGGAGGUGGAGAGAAGAGUGCAGGAGGAAGAGGAAGAGUAUAAUGAAAAGUUUACAGAGGACGCUAAGGCCAUCUGUCGAAUGCUGCUGACCAAAGACCCAAAGCAGAGACUUGGGUGCCAGGCAGACAAAGCAGCAGGAGUGAAGGCACACUUAUUCUUCAAAAACAUCAACUUUAAGAGGCUCGAGGCUGGGAUUGUGGACCCACCAUUUGUGCCUGAUCCUCGGGCCGUCUACUGUAAAGAUGUUUUGGACAUUGAACAGUUCUCCACAGUCAAGGGAGUGAAUUUGGACCAAACUGACAAUGACUUUUACUCUAAAUUUGCUACAGGCAGCGUUUCCAUCCCAUGGCAGAAUGAGAUGAUAGAGACAGAGUGUUUUCGAGAUUUGAAUGUUUUUGGACCUCAAGGGACACGACCGCCAGAUCUUGACUGGAACCAGCCUCCAGAGCCCCCCAAGCGCAGCCUACUGGACCGAAUCUUCAGGAGACAUCACCCAGAGGUGUCCAUCUCCAACAGCCGAGUGCAGUCUUCCAGCGUCAACUCCGUGGACUCCAUGUCUAACUCUGCCCCCUAGUGGCCAAACGUGGCAGCCACAUUUUACUUACAGAAACACAGAAAUAUGAAAGAAGAGCUCCUAGGAGGGCUUCCUUGCUGCUGUCUGCCCUGGUUCUGACAUGGGUCUUUUAGCAGCAGUUGGAUUCAGCCUGCCAAGUCUAUAAUGGUAAUCCAAGGAACAGACAGUGGGCAUUUCUUUGUGCAUUUCAGAUGGUUUGAGAGGAGACUUUUUGGGACAAACCUUAAUUUUACCCUCAGGAUUGUUGGACUAUAGAACAGAGCCACUGAAGAGGAGAGUAAAACAAGCUAAAUAUUCAGGGGAUCCACUGUAUAUGAAGACCACCACAGGGAACAGAGGACGGGGUCUUGGUGAAUGUCUCUCUUGAAAGAUUCUUCUCUCUUAACUUCCUGGCUUGUAUAUGUCGUAUUCUUUUCAUCCCUAUCUAUUUAAUACAACCAUGGCCAUAUGCACCUGUCACCAACACCCACCCCUUGGUAUUUUUAUAAUAUUACUGUAUAUUUAAUCUGAAAACCAUAAACACAACACAGGAAAUGUUUUAUUAAAAACAAUACCCACAAGGAUUAAUAAUCAUGACUAUAGCAGAACUGAACUUGGACUAGUCCAAAGUACAGAACUAGGUCCAAGGACUGAACAUGGUUUUUAACUAUAUUAUAUUAUAACUGUACCUGAACUACACUAAAACUGUAUUUGAUAAAUCCAGAACUAAACUAGAACUAGAUCUUAGCUUUGGGUGUUAUAAAAUCCAAUGCAUUGUUAUUACGUAGCAAAACCUAGACUAAACCAUUACUAAAUUAAAACCACACAAAUAAUCUAGAUACAGUGUUUCCCAUUUAUAGAUGGGACUAUGGUGGCUCCCUGAUAGAGGUUUGUUUUUUCUUUUUUAUCAGGAAGGCAAUGGUGAAGAGUUUAUACUAAAAUUGUAUUAAAUAAAAUAAUUGGAUUGCCUGUGCCAUCACAGUCUCAGUAUAAACUUAUGGGAAACAUUACCAGAUAUCAACAUACCCACAGUAAAUGAACCAAGACUUAAUCAAGGACUAAAUAGAGGAUACAUUAGCUAUACACCAGAAGUUACCCAGGAUUACUUCAGGACUAGACCUCAAACAUGUACAAUGGACCUUAACAUUUCAAUUUUUUCUGUGUACGGCCCUGUCUAUACCGUGUGCCUGCAUCGUCUUGUACAACUAUAUUAACUUAUUUACUUUGAAUAUUACACAUCCCAUUACCUCAGACGAUCACUCCGAAACAUUCACAAACACAUCACCUCGGCAACCUCAGCACAUUGAUGUACAUUGCCCUGCAUAUACUCAGGCCAAAGAUGACAGUUUUUGGUUGUGUGAUUUUGUUGUAAUGCUGAUGAAUUUUUGGUUUGUCAUCAACAUGGACAAACAUGAAAGAGGUCAAAUCCUGGAACUGUUUUCUAGAUAUAAAUAUGAGCCUGCAGACAUAUCAUACGCUUUAAGCCCAGUAGGCUACAUAAUGACUGACAGAUUUGUGAGAACUGUGUUUAUUGUGAAUUGAUGCAUGGAGAAAGUAUAAGUAUGGACAGCUGUAUCCCUUUGCGCUUCUGCAUACCUCAUUCCACUGAUGGUAACAUUAGGGCCCCAUGAUAGUAGAAAAAGGUUAUUUGUAAUUUUAAAUAUGGCAAUAGUUAGGUAUUUGCUACCUGUAUUUACUGCACUUGAUACAGGAUGCUUAUAAUUGCAAUUUCACUUUAAAUUAUAAAAACAUAUAGCGCUGAAUCAAAUGCCUAGUCAAAAUUUAGACAAAAAUCUAAAGAAAUAAUGAAGGAAAUGUGUUUCAGUUAAAAGAAAUAGUAAAAUUACCACAUUUACGUUUAAAUUAGUUAUUGACAAACUAAUUAUCCACUAAUAUCAUGUACUGUUGCAUUAGCCAAGAUUGUGAUACAUUUUCUAAAUAUUGUGCAGCCCUAGUUAUCAUUGUAUACAACACAAGUCUCUCGGUUUACCACGUCACUUUAUAUUUGACAAUAUGUGAAGUUUGUACAGAAAUCUCCUGUUUCGCUUUUUUCCUCUCUCUACUUUCUGCAGAGUUGCUGCCCCAUGGAGUGGAGAGGAGCACAUGCACUCAGCCAAAUUUACAAGUUGCACAUUUUGAAAAACUAAUGUCAUUUUUUUUUUCAAGGCACAUUGUUGUAUAGAUAUUGUCACACAAGCCGUUUUUUUCUACUGUUACUUUUAGAGCUUUUCAGAAUAAGUGUCUUUUUUCUCUCCCUAUGCCUUCACCAUUUAUGAACAACUGCUGCAUUGCAUCAUUGUCAAAAUAUUUGUGUCUAUAAUAUACUAUAUGCUAUAAGACAUUUGCUUUUUUUUGGAUGUUCUUCAAAAUGCCUCACAAAACUUAUCGGUCUUCCUCUUGUGCAGUGUCCAACUACAAAUGAAGACAGGGUAUUUAAUAGCUGCAGGAAUUGGAAAAAAAGUUGUAUGUAAAACACAUGUUUAUAAUUUACAAUACUGUGGAAAAGUUACAUUAUUUGAGAAGAUUUAUUUAGUUGUGUAUGUUGUGUGCAGUGAAUUGCAAACUGAUUUAAAUUUGACUUUAUCCAGGCUUGAAACUGCACAGCAUUUUCAUUUGUUUUAUAAUAUUACCAUUUAUAUUUACAAUAUGGUUGAAAUGAAAAAGAUGGAGUGAAGAAAUGCUCCUUAGUGCAAAUGGAAAAUCAUAUAGAAUCUACAAAAUAUGAAGUUCACAUUGAAUUCCACAAUAUUGUGUUUAUAAACAUGUGUAUAUUAGUGGGCAGAGAAAGAGGAAGACACAAAACACACAAAGAAGUGGCCUUUUCACAGCGACACAGCCAAUUAAAACAGAGCAAGAGUUACAACUCUUCUCUAUUUACGAAUGUCUUUUUUCCUAUUUUAAUAUAUCUUCUACUAUAGUGGUCCAUGCAGUAACUGAAUUGUCCUUACCAAUCUCACACACAAGCCUGUUUCUUUUUCUCUACAUAGUACUUGAUAAAGGAGUAUAUUUAUAGUAUAUAAAUCAGACUGAAGUGCCUCCUUGUAAGCAUGCUCUCCAAUUUCCACACAGACAUUAGCACUUUGUUGUUCCUCUAUUGUUUCUACCAGAAGACCCCAGAUUUAUGAUGUUAAAAGUUUGUGGUAAAGGGAAGAUAUAGGAGGAUGUAGUUGUAGAGGGGGAAUUUUCUUGUUUAAUGUGAUGUACAGAAAAGUGCUGAGUGCAUGUGAAAGCCACGUCCACUGUGUCCUUCAAGUCCCAAUAAAUUCUGUGCUAUAGUUUGAAUACUCCA